CACGACAGAGACGAAGCGGACCACGUUAGAAGGGUCCAACGGUCGGUUGGUGAUGGUGAUAUGCUCUCUCUUUAGUACUCUCUAAAGCAACCAAGAAAUCAUUUACUUCUUCUUUAACAGUCUUCUCUUUCUUUCUGUGCCUAAAACUUAUAAUCCAAAAUCUCUAUCUGAUUUUGCUUUCUGAUGAGGAAACUUUGUCCCAAUUUUGAUCGUGAAGAUGGGUUGGAGACGGUGCUGGAAGUUCCCAUCCCGGAAGAGAUGUUUAUCACCAACAAGAACAGCCACCGCUCGUGGCAGAAUAUCAAGUGUUGGAUUAAGCCGUACAAUGAAAAAUCGUCGUCUUCUUCCUCCACGACUGUUCUUUUUGGUAGCCGAAACGCUGAGAUUCAGCUCCUUCUUGGUGUCGUUGGUGCUCCAUUGAUCCCUCUUCCUAUCCUCUCUGAUGAUCACAGGCCCAUUAAUAAAAACAUCAAAGACCACCCCAUUGAUGCCUCAAUGGCGUUAUAUAUUGUGAAGCAGUACAUAGCAGCAGUGGGAGGAGAGAAGGUGUUGAAUUCUGUGGACAGCAUGUACGCAAUGGGGAAGGUGAAAAUGGCGGCUUCAGAAUUUUCAGCGGGGGAAGGGAGUUUGAACGACAAACUGUUGAAAGUGAGAAACUUUAAGAAUGGCGGUGGCGGGGAGAUCGGCGGAUUUGUUCUAUGGCAAAAAAGGCCUGAGCUUUGGUGCUUGGAGCUGGUUGUUUCAGGCUGCAAAAUUACUGCCGGGAGUGACGGCAAAGUCGCCUGGAGGCAGACCCCCUGGCACCAUUCUCAUGCUUCAAGGGGUCCUCCUAGACCUCUCAGACGGUUUCUUCAGGGUCUUGAUCCUAGGUCGACAGCAAAUUUGUUCUCCAAUUCAAUCUGCGUUGGCGAGAAGACAGUCAACGAUGAAGAUUGUUUCAUAUUAAAAAUCGAAGCUGAAUCCUCAACUCUGAGAGCAAGAAGUACCAGCAAUGUAGACAUAAUCCGGCACACAGUUUGGGGAUACUUCAGCCAGAGAACAGGCUUGUUAGUCCAGCUUGAAGAUUCUCACCUCCUGAGAAUCAAAACUGCAACAAACGAAAGCAUAUUCUGGGAAACAACAAUGGAGUCAUUGAUCCAAGACUACAGAAUAGUUGAUGGGAUUAACAUUGCCCACGCUGGAAGGACUUGUGUGUCGCUGUCAAGGUUUGGGGAAAACUCGGAAAGCCAUUCCAGGACGAGAAUGGAAGAGAUUUGGGCCAUUGAAGAAGUGGAUUUCAACAUAAAAGGUUUGUCCAUGGAUGCUUUCUUGCCUCCAGGAGACUUGAAGAAAGACCAGGAAGAGGGAUCUAGUAUUGUAACAAAAAAUGCAAAAUUACCAUUCAAAAUUCGAACUGCUUCUACUUCUGCUAGAGUCAGUGUUUCCAAAGUCGUCGCCAUUGAUGUUGCAGAUUCAGAUGAUUCCCAAGAUAAUGAUGAAGAGUUGUAAAUUUCUCUUCAUUGUGUACAUAUUUUACAUGAUAUUUCAUGUUCAUUCUUUAGUCAAAUUUAGAAAAAUAUGUCUUGAGUUUCGGAUAUCAAUGUCAAUUAAACGUAAAGAAUGCAGUGAAGAUUUCUGUUAUCAACAAAACUCUUAAAGCUCUGUAAAAAAGAGUAGAUGUUGGAAUUAUGAAUGAUAUGUAUCUCUUGCUCCAAUGAACAUUUAGCUCUUUUGGGGAUUAAUGCAAUAAUUUGUUCA